ACAAAUGAGCAACACUUUUAGCAACAGUUAAGAACAACGCGGUGCUUGUGAAUGCAGCUUCAUUUACGUUCAGCGCAUAUCAAACUACAAAACCUCAUUCGCUUCAAAAACUACAAAUAAAAUGUGACAUCAGAGCUCCUCAGAGUGACACGGACAGCAGACUGCUAUGGAGAAGUUUGUGGCUCGGGGAAAGAAAAAGGGAUCGGACAGCAGCGACGCAAGAAUUCAGAGGAAGAAGAUUAAACUGGAGAGUGGUGAUGAGCAGCAGCAGCAGGAGGAGGGGGACGAUGAAGACGAACAUUCAGCUUUAGCAGAGUUUUCUCAUCCGGUUCCCUGGCAGAAAGUCGAAGCAGAGGGACUGGACUGUGAUUACGCUCAGCUGUUCUCUAAGGAGGAGGCCGACCAGCUUUUUAAACGUCUGGAGGAGGAGGUAGUGUACUCAACAGGGGAAGAAGCAAAGGUGCAGGUAUUUGGAAAGGUGUACAAUAUACCGAGGAAGCAGGCCACGUAUGGAGAUGAAGGUCUAACUUACACUUACUCUGGAGUGACUCGUUCAGCAUGUUCAUGGACUCCAACCUUGGAAUACAUUCGAGAUGCUGUGACAAAAACAACGGGACAAACAUUCAACUUUGUUCUAGUAAACAGGUACAAAGAUGGCCAGGAUCACAUGGGGGAGCAUCGUGAUGAUGAGAAGGAGCUGGACCCCCUCUGCCCCAUUGCCUCGGUCUCUCUGGGAGCAGCUCGAGACUUCAUCUUCAGACACAGAGAUGCUCGGGGGAAACGGGGCCGCCGACAGAUCGAACCUGUGAAGCUGGAGCUCGCUCAUGGAAGUCUGCUCCUCAUGAACUCGCCCACCAACACCUUCUGGUACCACAGCCUCCCCGCUCGCAAGAAGAUCAUCCUACCUCGCAUCAACCUCACCUUUAGACGCAUCCUACCAGACAGAAAGAGAUGACCAAGAAGAAGAGGGCUAGUGGCCAAGGAGUCAUUGACUAAGAUUCACUGAUUCAUUUGUAAAUUCACUCAUUUACAAAUUAAAAAAAAGUGUGUUUUAAAGAAGGUUGUUACCAUAUCAGAUUUUAAAACCUUGAUACAAUACCAGUUAAAUCAAAUGAUAUCAAGACCUGUUUCAAUACCACGGCAACAAAAAUAGAAGUCCUGGGCACUUGGUAUUGGUUCAUUUCUUGUUUUCAAUGAUCAAACAUUGCAGGCCAUCUUCUGCAGACUGUCUUAAUUGCACAAAUACAUUGGCAACAUUUCGGUACCAAAACGUUGCCAAUGUAUUUGUGCAAUUUAGAUAGUGUGCAGGAGUUCGCCUGAAAUAUUUGAUGCAUUCAUUUCUGUCGUAAGCACCUGACUAAGAAAAAUAGAUGUAGGUUACUUUGUUUUAAAAGCUUUAGCCCUUGGUUGGCCUAGUGGUUGGUUCAGGCGUCCCAUUUGUGGAGGCAUCGGUCCUCAGA